CGGCGCAGUGGCCGGGCCAUCGUGUCCUGUGCCUAGCUUUCUGUGUUCUCUUUUCUCCGAUCCUGUCCGACAGUCGUCGACGAUCCUCCAGAGAGAUCGUCCCCUUUCACGUCGUGUGCCUCGCCAGUCGACGAACCUCUCCGUGCCACCCUUUCGUUUCCCGUCCUUCGACACCCUUCCCAGGUGCAGUGCCGGGUCGUGAUCGCGCCAGGAUGCGAAUCGUGACGCGUCGCGACGCUCGGUGAGGCCCUGCCGCGACGAACCACCCGCUGGCGCGAGCUAUCCGUGUGUCGUCCCCAGGAACGUGAUCGGCGAAACGGUUUUCCGACUUCUUUGUGCGCGAGGACCCGCCAGGAGCAAGCGGACAGGACGAACGCCAAGAAGGACACCCUGCCGGGUAGCAGCCGGGAGGAUCACAGGGCGAAGAGGUGGGAGCCAUGCCGCCCGGGCGAGCUUCCCUCGAGGUAGCCAGGAUCGUCCGGCAUCCCUGUCCUUCCGGUGUACCGGGUUCCGGUCGCCUCGUCUGAGGUGAGGAACUGUGGAUUGCUGGUGUUGGACCUCGGCCCCAGGAGUGGCCCAGGGGUUACCCUGGGGACCUCGGGGAAGUGCUCGCGCAAGGACGAAGCUGUUAGGAACGACGAAGGACACGGGAGGCGGAGGAGGAGGCCGCUAUGAACGCCAGCGUCAACAUCGAGAGGAACUCCUGGCGGCUGCCUCCCGACGAGACCGUCCAGGUCGCCGAUCCCCGUUCAAAGUCAGCUCAGGUAAAAGAGGAUCUUACGUACGCGGAGGGCGGCCACAACUGGCGGAGCAUAAUCUUCUCGCUGCUGGUCAUCGGCUUCGUUAUCGCCGGGAUCGUCACGGCCAUUUACCUUCUCGGGUACGUCGACGAGCUGCUGUACUGGAGCGGCAGACGUCUCACGUUAGACGAGUGCCUUCGUGAUGACCUAACACCGCACAGGCUACCACCCACCUGGAUCUCCCACGACAAGUUUGUCUAUCAAGCCGACGACGGUUCUCUCACUCUUCUGGACACCAGCAACAAUUCCGUGUCCCUUCUGGUCUCUAACCACACGCUCAGACAGCUGAACGUUCAAGGCUACCAGUGCAGCUCCGACCUACGUUACGUGUUGUUCAAGCACAAUGUCAAGCCGGUGUUCAGACACACCUUCACCGCUUACUAUACAGUCUACGACGUCACGAACGAUCAUCACACACCUCUUCGCCUGCACGCGUCGCGAAGGAUGCAGCAAACGCGACUGCAACACGCCGCCUGGUUAGGCAACACAUCGGGCCUGUUGAUGAUAUCCGAGAACGAUAUUUACGUGAGACUGGCGCCAUCCGCGGCAGAGGACGCACGACUGACCGACACAGGUGUUCCUGGUGUGAUUUACAACGGUAUUCCGGAUUGGUUAUACCAGGAGGAAGUGAUGCCUCGGCCAGAAGCAACCUGGCCCAGCCCGGACGGCACGCAUCUUCUCUACGCUACCUUUAACGACACUAAGGUCACUGCCUUGGAGUUCCCCUGGUUUGGUACGCAGCCAGGUCACGAUGGAGCCAGCUCAAGUCCUCUAACCACACCCAGAAGAGGCUCCUUUCCGCCGUCGAAGUCUGUCAGAUAUCCUACGCCCGGGUCGUCCAACCCAGAGGUCGAUCUGCUGGUGAUGGAGCUUAGCAAUGUGACGAGUACGAACGGCAACGGAACCAUGAACUCCACGUUGGCUUUUCGAACAAAGCUUAGGCCGCCGCCUGUAUUGGAUGGACAAGAGUACUAUUUAAUAUCCGCCGGUUGGGUGGGCGAAGACUCCACUCAAAUCGCCGUCGUGUGGAUGUCGAGGUCGCAGAACCUGUCGCUGGUAUCCGCUUGUCGUGCGCCCACGUGGGAAUGCGAGGAGACUCACUCGGAAAGGGCGCCCGAAGGGCAAUGGCUCGACGCUCAGCCUCAUCCUGUUUUUGCUCCUGACGGCGACAGCUUCUUACUGUUGGCAUCCGUUCAGGAAGGCGACAAGGAACACUUCACCCACAUCAAACACGUGACCCUGACUCAGCAAAGGAUAGCGGUGCUGUCUCAUGGCCGUUACGAGGUGAGCGAGAUCCUAGCGUGGGACACGAAGGGUCACCAGGUGUACUAUUUGGGCACCAGAGAGAGGAGGCCCGGUCAGAAACACCUUUACGUUGUGCGUGAUCCUACUGCCGACGAUCCUCGACGUUUAGAGCCGCUCUGCGUCACGUGCGAUCUUGGGGAAGUCCUUUGGAGCAGUAGAUUUUAUUACACCAACUGUACGCAUUUCGGCGCAUCCGUCAGUCCAGCGGUGAACGACGCGACGCAGGGUUACUACGUCCUCUAUUGCGAAGGUCCAGGUCUCCCCCUGGCAGGCAUACACUCGACGACUUCCCACAAGAUGAUCCGCAUGCUCUACGACACGAGAAUCCAACGGGGGGACAAGCUUUCUCAACUAGCGCUGCCGACACGAAGAAGUUUCGAGGUGCCACUGCCUCAAGGCUGGAAAGCUCAAGUGCAACUGUUGCUGCCGCCCUCGUGGCGUGAAGAGCUCAGAGACGCAGCCUUUCCGGUUCUGGUCGAGGUGAACGGUCGUCCAGGGAGCGAGGCGGUCACAGAUCGAUUCAAGAUCGACUGGGGUACUUACAUGUCGAGCCACAACGACGUGGUUUACGUCAGGCUGGAUGUACGAGGUGCCAGGGGUCAAGGGAAGAGGGACCUGUUCAGGAGAAUCGGUGGCGUCGAGGUGCAGGAUCAGCUGACCGUGCUGAAACAUCUUCUGAAGACCCUGAAGUACCUUGAUGUCACGAGGGUCGGAGUGUGGGGUUGGGGAUACGGUGGCUACGUAACCGCCAUGGUGUUAGGAAACCAGGAGAACCUGUUCAAGUGCGGCGUCGCCGUGAACCCCAUCGCGGAUUGGCUGUAUUACAAUUCCGCGUUCACGGAGCGAGUCCUUGGCGCUCCAGCCGAAAAUUACAAGGGUUACGUGGAGGCUGACCUGACUCAACGAGCCAGGCUGGUACCGAGUCACAGCCUCUACCUUCUUCAUGGUCUAGCUGACCUUACAGCGCCUUACACGCACGGCGUCGCCUUCGCCAAGGCACUGUCCGAAGCGGGAAUCAUCUUUAGGUACCAGAGUUACGCGGACGAAGACCACGCCUUAGCAGGCGUGUUGGAGCACGCUUAUCGUUCCAUGGAGGACUACCUCGCCGAGUGCCUCUCCCUGGACGCGUCCUAGUGCCUCAAGCCGAAUACUCUCUCGUUGUCUCUAGCUCGCCUACUUCUGAUACAUCCCGGAUGGGCGUGGAUGCUCGCCGAGAAGGCUCACUGUUCAGGAUUAGACUAGUUCGAGAAGAUUCUCAAAAGCAUCCCCAGGUGAUCGCCAGCGUGACGGAACGCCGCCGUCGUUUCGAGGCAGAGGAGAGGAAGGCUUGAGAGGGAUUGGAAGGUCGCGUGGAACAGGGUAAACGAAACGACGCCUGGUCCUUCUUGGUGGCGAGGAUGCUUCGAUCCGUAAAAGUAGGGUGUGGAAGAGAAGUACGUGAAAGGGAAGCGGUGAUGAGAGGGAUGAGGUAAACUUAGCGUUUGUAUAAGUAAUAUCGUUGAUAACGUUGUAUAUCAGCCUGCGGAUUCCUCUUUGCUACGAAGAAAAACUCGUUCACUUUGCUCUCUGGACGCGCACCCCGGGAGAUAUUGUAGCGAUCCAACCCCCCUGACAUCCAGAGGCGUAUCUAGUUAGAACUGCGACGCAGUUAGCGGGCCAGUUAGUCGACAAGCUCGAUCGACACGAAGGGUGACUUAGGUGAAAUUUCGAUUCGCGUUAGCCUGCUUCUCGCGUGGUUGCAAGCUCGCCACAUUUUGUAUACCAAAAAUCUCCAUUAUCUGACGGUGACUACGACACUCGAAUGAACAUUAAGACGCGAAGACCGAUGAUGAUCGAGCGCAUCGAGCUUAGCGCGAGCUUGCAAGCUCGCGACUCAAGAUUUUUUAUAUCAAGCCUCCGGGUUCCCAGCGCUCGAGAAACUGAAGUCCGCGGCGGGGGGAGGGGGGGGGGCGCGUGGCGCUUGAAAGUAUCGAGCUUACCGAAAGCUUGCAAGCUCUCCUCGCUGUUUUCAUGAUCAGCAGCGGUUCCAAGGGCCCCAGAAAGCUACGAGGAACCGUGGAUUGCCGUCGCAGAGCUUGGAAGCGCGCGUCUUACGAUUUCCCCCUACGGCGGCGUCAACGAAAGAGUCAACGGGCGAGAUGAGGCUACCGCCCCCACCUUCUAUCUUGUCUAGAUUGAAUUUUUAGCAGUAUUUUCAAAUUUUCUUAUUAAAUUUUAACAAUAUUUAUUGUUGUCAUUAGCGUUUCUUAUUUUUUUAUAUCUCAUCCACUUUUUUAAUUUGUAGCGUAAACGUUACUGCGUUAUUAUUGUUCUUACUUUGUUGUCGUUAUUGUUGUUGUGCUCUGGUGUUUGUUACGAUCUAUUGUUACUUACAUUCAUAAGUUUAUCCUCAUUAAAGUGCAAAGCGAUA